AUGUUGCAGUUGCGGGCCGGACGCGUCAUAAAUAAAUACGCGGGAGCGGCUCCCGGCGGCGCCGGCUGCGCCAUCGAUCUGCGGCGAACGCACUCUGGGCUGGCGCCAGUGACCGCGUGCGGCGAGCAUCCCCUGUGUCCCCCCAGCCCGCUGGCGCCAGCGGGUCCCGACGCAACAGCUAUCCCCCGUAACAGGACUCCGCGUGGCGGAGUUACACAGCCCCAGACGCCCUCGCUCUCGCGCAGAAACCCAUCUCUGGCGGCGCCUGCAGCAGCAGCAGCAGCAGCAGGUUCCCCGCGGGGAAAUCCGCCGGCGGCGCACCUAGCGGCCGCGCGCUUUGUGUUCUUUCUGCGAGUUCGAGUAAUGAUCGCCGGCUCAAAGGGCCCGCCGCAGCCCGCAAUGCGUCAGCCUCCCUCCUUCUUUGUAUGA